UCUGAGGAGGUACACUCUCCUCUCCUCCUGAGUGCUGUGUGGGUCGGUGGGACAGCUUUUCCAUCCUCCAGGCCAGUGAUGCAGGCAUCACCACAACGCUGGGCCUUCAGGCUGCUCCCUCUCCUCCUGGCCUCUCGCCUGCUUGCCGUUACCGGGAGUAUUGUCACAGCUGAAGAGGAGCUGGAGAAAGAGAGGGACCCAGCCUAUUGGAAUGCUCAGGCCAAAGAGACACUCCGAGCCGCGCUGAGACUCCGCCCCCGAGUGCACCGCGCCAAGAACAUCAUCCUCUUCCUGGGGGACGGAAUGGGUGUGUCCACUGUGUCUGCGGCUCGCAUCCUGAGGGGCCAGAUGGAAGGAAGGUCGGGAGAGGAGACAGUGCUCGCCAUGGAUGCCUUUCCGUACCUCGCGCUCUCUAAGACAUACAGUGUUGAUAAGCAGGUAGCAGACAGCGCUAGCACAGCUACAGCGUACCACUGCGGAGUGAAGGCUAACGCUAAGACAGUGGGCCUUAGCGCCAAUGCAGUGGCCUACGAGUGCAACACCACGUUUGGGAAUGAAGUGUACUCCGUGCUACAUCGUGCCAAAACACAAGGGAAGUCAGUGGGCAUCGUGACCACCACUCGUGUACAGCAUGCAUCUCCUGCUGCCGCCUAUGCCCACUCAGUGAGCCGCAGCUGGUACAGCGAUGCUGACAUUCCCUCUAGUGCCCGCCGACAGGGCUGUGUUGAUAUUGCCACACAGCUGGUGACCAACGUUGACAUUGAUGUUAUCCUGGGUGGGGGGCGGAUGUAUAUGACACCAAAGGGAACUCCAGACCCUGAGUACCCCACUUCCUCGUCCCGGAAAGGGGAUCGGAAAGAUAAGAGGAACCUCAUUGACGUCUGGAUGAAGGCCCAGCAGCACAAGAGUUCCCAGUAUGUUUGGCACAGGAAGCAGUUUGACGAGAUAAAUGUAAAGACUACUGACCGUCUCCUGGGUCUCUUUGAGCCAAAGGAUAUGCGGUUUGAGGUUUUCCGGAAUGCCUCACGUGACCCGUCCAUCGUCGAGAUGACAGAGAAAGCCAUUCAGAUCCUCAGCAAGAACCCCAAAGGCUACUUCCUCUUUGUAGAAGGAGGGAGAAUUGACCAUGGGCACCAUGAUGGCAUUGCCAAGCUGGCGCUGACUGAGGCUGUGAUGUUUGACCGGGCGGUGCAACGAGCCUCCCGGCUCACCAGAGAAUCAGACACCCUCACUGUCGUAACCGCAGACCACUCCCACGUCUUCACCUUCGGAGGAAACACCCCCCGCGGAAACCCCAUUUUUGGUUUGGCACACAAGAAGGCAGAUGAUAGGAUGCCAUUCACUAGCAUCCUGUAUGCCAACGGUCCUGGUUAUGUACAUGUGAAUGGAACGAGAGGAAACAUCACAUUGGUGGAUUACUACGAUGAAGAGUACAUGCAGCAGGCUGCAGUCCCUCUGGACUCUGAGACCCACGGCGGGGAGGACGUGGCCAUCUACGCCAAAGGCCCCAUGGCCCACCUCUUUCACGGGGUCAAAGAGCAGAACUAUAUCGCCCACGCCAUGGCCUACGCAGCCUGCAUCCCACCCUACACGGACUGCCCACCACAUCCACCCGCCUCAACCGGACACACACACACCCUCUCUGGGCUGCUUCUCUGUCUGGCUAGCCUCCUCUGGAUCCUGUUCAGAUGACGACACACAAUCCGACCAUCAUGGGUACAGUGUCCAUAUUAAGACAGUUACCGGUCCAUAAAAGUUGUGUCGGAGAUGGUGGAAACGGGAUAGUUCUAGGUUGUCUAUUUUGGAGAAGUGUCUAGAUUGCUACGUCAUAUUGCACUGCAGCAAUUUCUAACCAUCCCCAUAAGGUUCUAAAUGGAACAUGUAAGGUGCUAUAAAGAUAAUUUUCUUAAGGUUCUAUAAAGAACUGUUAAGAAAGAUUCUACAUAGCACCAAAACCGGGUUCCGCUAUGCUUAUACAACUCUGUUUGGGACUAUAAAGAACCAUUUUUUAUGGUUCUUUAUAGAACCUUUAUGGAGAAUCGUUCUAUAACUAACCUUUCACAGUCCGAAAGGUUCUUUAUAGAACCUUUAUGGAGAAUGGUUCUAUAACUAACCUUUCACAGUCCGAAAGGUUCUUUAUAGAACCUUUAUGGAGAAUGGUUCUAUAACUAACCUUUCACAGUCCGAAAGGUUCUUUAUAGAACAUUUAUGGAGAAUGAUUCUAUAACUAACCUUUCACAAUCCGAAAGGUUCUUUGUAGAUCCUUUUGAAGAAACAUAAAGGGUAUUUUAAUCUGGUCAGCCAUAUUAUAUUGUUAAAAUUCCAUCUGUGUAAUUUUUGUGUUACUUGACAAGUAGAAUCAAGUGAGCUACCUCUGGAACAACCGGGAGUAGUCAACCGUUCACAAUUGACACAAGGUCAUACGCAAGUCUUUCACAAGACACCGUCACCGGCCACAGUCAUAUAUAAUAUGUAACGGAAUAACACGACACAUUAGAUCAACUGGAAUUACACUCUUACUCACGGUUGCACAAAAAUAGCUAUGACUAAAACCACGGUCCAAAAUAUUCACCAGCCACUAAAAGAGCUAUGACUAAAACCACGGUCCAAAAUAUUCACACAAGCCACUAAAAGAGCAAAGAACCCUGUAAAGAACCAUUGAAGAGCUCAAAGGGUUAUUGGAGUCAUUACGGUUCCACUGAUAACCAUCACAAAUCCCAAAGAACCCCUUGAGGAACCCUCAUGUUUUAGUGUGUACACUAUUAAUGUGGUUUGUAGUGAAACUGGAAAACAGGAAACCUGGAAUGUCACCUAGAUGUAUUUCCUAGUAGAAGUAGGCCUUACUAUAAACUCCAAAGAGAUGGGGUCUGUAUAUUUGAUUUGCAAUCACUAUAGCUGGACUAAGACAAUAAGAUGACUGGUAACUAAAGAAGAUGUAGUGGCUUAAGUAGUAUGGUCACGUAUCUAAAUUGUUACUAUGGCAAUUUAAAAUGGAGCUGACCAUAGCUCAAAUAAUCCUAAAUGCUAAAUAUAGAGAUGUUUUUAUGUUAAAUGCACAUGUUUAGUAUUAAAUACAUGUCUUUGCUUCGAUGUAUUUCCUAAAGUGUUUCCAUUCCCCUUUAAGCAGUAUGGUCAGGUAUCCCAGACACAGGUCAAGCCUGGGCGUCCCGCUAGAGGGACAACUUCCGGUGAAACUGAAGGGCGCGCAAUUCAAAUAAAUAAUCAUACAAAUUAUGGAUAUUUAACAUUGAGGUACAUACAAGUGUCUUAUAUCGGUUGAAAGCUUAAAUUCUCGUUAAUGUAACUGCACUGUCCGAUUUACAGUAGUUAUUAAAGAGAAAGCAUGUCAUGUGAUGGGAUGACCACCGGCACAGGUUUCAUAAAUUCACAAAUGGAGAUGAAAUAUUCACUUACUUUUUGAAAAUCUUCCUCUGAUUUGUCAUCCAAUGGGUCCCAGCAGGGACGUCACUAGAGAUUCGUGGAUAGGGGGGCUAAGCCUCUUUUAGGGGGAACUGGGCAUACUCCCCUAGGAUUUGUUUUUAAGCCCCCAAAAUCAUCAUGUAUUUUUAGAGUAACAACGGGUGUAAAAUCGAUCAAAUAAAUGUUAUGUUUGGUUGGGUAAAAGUAUACCUGUCUCAUAGUUUGUGUUAGACACUGAUCUAAUAUGACUUACUUAAAUUCUAACCAAAUAAAGAAAUUAAAGUCCACUCUGUCCCCAUCCAUCCAACACCAACAAAAGGCACAAACAUUGCUAGCCAGAAUACUAGCCAAAAUACUUUCUGGGUGUUAUUUUGAGAGAGAGAGAGAAAUGUGAAGACUUGCAGGUCAUAUUAUACCAUUAGAAGAAAAUCCAGGACUGCCUUUAUGGACCUCAGCUGGCAUGCCCAGCCAGUGUUUGAGAGCUGUACAAGUUCAGCUGACGCUAUUCCAAGUUUGGACUGAGCUUCUUUGAACUUUUGGUGGUUAACUAGGGAUGUACUGAAAAACGAAUACACGUUCUCAAAAGAAACUGAAAAACUCAGCAGCCUCUGAAAUAGCCGUGCAAGUAUGACACAACACCAAAUUAAUCUCAUGAGCAUAGCAAUGUACAUGAAUUGCCUCCGGAUGCAGCACUCUGGUAUGUGCUUGCACACCUCCUUUGAACCCACUCAUGACAGCUGCACCAUCAUAGGUAUAAUAUAAUAAUAUAUGCCAUUUAGCAGACGCUUUUAUCCAAAGCGACUUACAGUCAUGUGUGCAUACAUUCUACGUAUGGGUGGUCCCGGGGAGGUCUGUGCAACGCACUUUACGCCUGCUACCCCACUCAUUUGGAGUUGCUAUUGCAACUCAUCUGCUAUCGAUUUGGCAUCAAAUGACUUGAUUUCUGCUAGUGCUAGUAAACUCUCCUUAACUGUCCCCUCUGUCACAUAUCUAACACACAGAGCCAACUGUUCAGACUGCCCAUCCCUGGCCUCAUCUACCAUAAUGGUAUACAUUCCAGACGUUGACAUCUCAGAGACCAUGGUGUCCAUAAUCUCUUGAGCACAGCAUUCGAUCAUGUCAUUCUGAGAUUCUGAAGAGACAUACAUCGCAUUUGAUUGAGUAUUGUACCUUUGCAGGAAAGGGUCAAACUCCUUCAAAAGCUCCAUACAUUCUAGAAAGUUCCCUCUAUUUGUGCUUCCACUAGAUUCAUCAUUGGCACGGAAAGAGAGUCCCGGUCUUCCUAACAUUGAGGGGACCGCAACAAUUCUCCUCAGAUACUCCCUUCUCUCUGCAAUAUCACGAGCAUGGGCACAUGUUCAAAUCUGAGCAAUGUUCCCAUGAGUGCUAGUUGCCUGGUAGCUUUGCCAUGCCACAACACUGUCUCUGUGUGUUUGUGCCAUUUCAUGUUUACCGAAGAUAAACAAAGCUUUUUUUUCCCAAUUUUUGCAGCCAUUACUGACAAAAGAAUAAAAUUGAAUGUUUUUGCCAAAAAACUCUA